AUGGAAGCCCUGGUUUAUGAGAAUUCGCCGUUGGCGGAAUAUUUGAGAGGGGAAGGUGAACACGAUCCAGACUGGCCGGUCCAGGAAACUAAAAACGCGGAUGAUCCCUUCAACUCAACUGCAUCGGAUUUUGCUCCGCGGGGCACUUCAAAAUUCCAAGAGCGCAUCCGGAACAAGCUACCCAAACCCCUGGAACUGAAAUCCUCGCGCCAGAGGGCGGUUCUGGGUAAACUCUACGAUGCCUGUGCAGCUGCCCUGAACUCGCGCGUCGGACGAAGCGACAAUGAAAGAUUCCUGGAGCAGUUUGGAUACGUUAUCGUCGCAUCGCAGUUGUUGAAUGAACACAGUGCACCCUCGUAUACGUCAGCCGCAGACGUACUAUCCAGCUCAAACCCCGUUGACCUUCCAUCGCUUUCCACAACUUUUGGCGUGCAGGGCGCCGUUGUCACAGCAUCAACGUCCUUCUCAAUCGCCUGGCUGUUACACUGGAGUCGAUCCCGAACAGGGUCCGGAUUUAAUCCUCGGAAAGUCGGCGUGCUUCUGGUCCUUGUCCCAGUUCUUGGGGUUCUGUUCUACGCUUUUGCCAGACGUCAGUGGCUCAAGUACCUGCGGCACCAGGCUGUCGAUGCGGCUGUGGUAUUUAUAAGCAAUGCGCAGUCAUUCGAUUCCGCUGCUUCAGCAUCGGUCGUUUUCAUACAGGAGGUUGAGCUGGUCUCACGGGGUUAUCGCAUAAGCACGCCCUUGCCCCCUGUAAGUAGACUUGAGGAUCAAGCGCAGACACGACGAUGUCUGAGACUGCGUCGGACCGUGUCCGAGUGCUUUUACUCAAUGUUGCAGCGUUACCUACAGGCGCAGCGUAUAUUGCAACCACUUACAGACAAUGACAAUCUCGCCAAGUACCACGACAUUUACGAUGUCUCACUAGAAGAGCUUACCGAAGCCGAGACUGCCUUGGCUGAACGGGAAACAGAGGACCAAUACUCAUUGCGCGCGCUUCGCACCCUGUUUGGAAGGCUAUACACCGUGAGAAAGAGCAUCCUUUGCUGUCUUCUAGCUCUGGGUGCCGACGGUGGCGGAUCCGACAUCGUAAGAUGGAGCACGGCUAUUGAGCAGAUGCGAGAUCUUGCUCAAGUCACAGGAGUGAAUACCCGCAAGAUGGCCAGCAUUCUCGAUGAAGAUGACCGUGACGUAAUUCCUCCUUCGCCUCUGCCCACAGCCUCUCCUAAUAGGGAGAAUCUCCGCGCUCAAUAUCGAAAGCUCAAUACCCUGACUCAGGGCAUCCGCGCCCUUCACGCGAAAAUGCAUCUGAUUAGAGAGCUGUCCACUGCCACUUCAGAGCCUACUGACACCGAAGAACUCGAAGCAACUCUUCUUGCCCAAUACGAAUCAAUCGGAACGGACAUCAGUGGCCUUCUUCAAGAAUGGGAGGCUGGCAAAUCUGCUCUGAUGAACAGCAUCGACAAGCGAUCCUCGGUAGAUCAUAUGUCGCGCCCGCCGAGUGUGUUGAAGCUGCCAUUGUCCCCGACACCCAGCCUUGGCGGUGCCACCGCGGUAGAGGGAAGCCCAGCAGAUGCGCUCCGGGCUUUGAAUGGCGAUAUCAAGGGAGACCCGAGCAUCAUCCAGAGUAUCGACGAUGAUGAAGAGAUAUUCGAAUCCAUAGUUCUUCCGUCCCGCAAUAAAAGGGUGUCUCUGACCAGGGAAGAGCGCAUUGCCCGUGUCAAGGAAGACCGGGCGAAACAGGCUGCUGCACGCGAACGAGCGGACGCGAAUACCAACAUGCUGAAAGAGCUCGAGAUGCUUCACACCUACAUUCACCUGCAAGUCCCCUAUCUUUCCAAUUUCAUCGCACUACAACAGCUAACGAGUGGCAAUUUUGUCUUCAGAGUCAUUGUCAUCGACGCCUCACUUCAAUUUCACAUCAUCUCAUCUAUACCCAUUGAUUUAGACGUUCAGACACAUACAUUCAAGAUGUUGGAAGCACGACUAGAACAAGCUAGCCUUCUCAAGCGCGUCGUCGACGCUAUCAAAGAUCUCGUACAGGACUGCAACUUUGACUGCAAUGACUCGGGAAUCGCCCUUCAGGCCAUGGACAACUCUCACGUUGCUCUGGUUUCGAUGCUUCUCAAGGCCGAGGGUUUCUCGCCUUACCGCUGCGACCGCAACAUUGCCCUUGGUAUCAACCUGGUCUCCUUGACCAAGGUUCUGCGUGCCGCUCAGAACGAAGACAUCCUCACACUCAAGGCGGACGACUCGCCUGAUGCCGUGAACCUCAUGUUUGAGAGCGCCGAGACCGACCGAAUAAGCGAGUAUGAUAUCAAGCUGAUGGACAUUGACCAAGAGCACCUGGCCAUCCCAGAGACAGAGUAUGCCGCUACGGUGGAGAUGCCGUCGGCGGAAUUCCAGCGGAUCUGCAGAGAUUUGAAUGCGCUUUCUGAAUCUGUUGUCAUUGAGGCUACAAAGGAAGGUGUCAAGUUCUCGUGCCAGGGCGACAUCGGCAGUGGCUCGGUUACCAUCCGUCAACACACCAGCGUCGACAAGCCUGAGCAGAACGUUUCCAUUGCCCUUAGUGAGCCUGUUGCUCUCACAUUCUCCCUUAAGUACCUCGUCAACUUCUGCAAGGCUACAUCACUGUCGAGCAAGGUUACUCUCUGCCUAUCACAGGAGGUGCCUCUACUUGUUGAGUACGGCCUGGGAAGUGGCCACCUGAGAUUCUACCUCGCUCCUAAGAUCGGAGACGAAGAGUAA